CUCAAAGAUGGUGUAAAGCUGUCUUGGCCAAGAUUAACUACCCCAAAUCAGCCAGGGUAGCCAGAACAGGCGACGUGGAAGGUUGCUUGAAGCCAUACCGAGAGGGCAUGAUGAUUAUCCAAGGCCUUAGAGGCUUGCAAUACACCGGAACACUGAAUGGCUUCCCCAGAAGUGUUAGCAUUAUGUGCCAAGAUAUUUCUGUCCUGAAGACCAACCACUUACAGCAAGAGUACCGCCUAGAUCCCCGGCCCCGAGUCUCGAGCUCUGCCCCAGCCAGAUCAGACUGGCAACACAACUAUAACCUCAUGGUUCGGCAGUUCUCUUGUGAUAUGACUCGAGUUCUUGUUGAAGCACCUGCUGCAAACGAUCCGACCAUGAUAUUUACUACAAGUGAAGCUAUAAGCGCCGGAGUUUUGAUGAGCCAAGGCAAAAGGCGCCCUUGCGAUAGUUGUUUGAUUGCUUAUCCUUCUUCUAGUGACGAACGCCCCUUGUGUGAGCCUGAUCCGUCACAUCCCCAUGGGUGCUGCAAGUUGUGCUCUCUUUUCAACCGUCCUUGCACGUUUACUGCUUCGAGCCAACUCCCUCGUCUUUUCGGUGAUCGGGAGCCCUGGAGACACGAGACCUACCCCUUGUCUGUGUAUCCUAAUGGACCUUUCCGUUGGCUUAUCUAUCAUCGCUCUAUGUCUAACGAAGAGCUCAAUGCGAAUGAUUUUGUGCAGGAACCUUUUGAAGAGAGAUUCGGGCUUCCCGAGGAGGAUGACGGCGCCGAGGGUGAUGAGAGUGGUGAGGCUCAGGGACAGGUAGUUGAGGUAGAUGAGGAAUGAGGUGCUGGACCUAGAUAUGUCUUCCGGGGAACAAAUUCAUGGUGGC